AUGGAGAGCAAGCGCUGCUUCGCCAACCGCUUCGAUGACUACGCGGGCAGCCUGCCGGCCGGGCAGCGCCACGAGGCGGUGGUGCCCUGGGUCGCCUCCACCAUCGAGCGCAUCCUGCAGCAGGUGCCCCCGCUGGAGGGCGGCGCGGCGGCGGCGGCGGGGGGCGGCCUGUACGGCGGGCUGGCCGGGGUGGCCUACAUGCUGUACCACGCCGCGCGCUGCCCGCUCCUGGCCCCGGCCCGGGACACCUACCUGCUGGCGGCCCGGCGCCUCGUCGACGCCUGCGUGCGCUACGAGGAGGAGUGGGGCGAGCCGGACGUUGACACGCGGGCCGCCUUCCUGCUCGGCGGGGCCGGGGUCUACGCGGUGGCCGCGCUGGUCUACCAAGCCCUGGGGCUGCCCGACUUCGGCCGGCUGCUGGGCCGGUUCCGGGAGCUGAGCCAGAUCUGCGCCCCCGUCACCUUCCUGGAGUGCGGCUCCGACGAGCUCUUCGUGGGCCGGGCCGGCUACCUGUGCGCCGCCCUGGUGCUCAAGCAGAAGCUGGGCAUGGAGAUGUUGACCCCAGUGCAGAUCAGAUCAAUUUGCCAGGCUAUAUUAGAAUCUGGGAAGCAGUAUGCUGUGAAGAAGAGGAAACCAUGCCCACUCAUGUACUCUUAUUAUGGAACAGAAUACCUUGGUGCAGCCCAUGGCCUUUCAUCCAUCCUUCAGAUGCUGCUGUCCUAUUACGAGUACCUUCAGCCUGCAGAUCAGGAGCUUGUAUGGCAGAGCAUUGACUUUCUUAUGGACCAAGAACAGAACAGCAACUGGCCUCCUGAACUGGGAGAGACAAUUGAGCGGGAGAAUGAGCUUGUGCACUGGUGUCAUGGAGCUCCAGGUAUUGCAUACCUGUUUGCUAAAGCUUAUCUGAUUUCCAAGAAGCCCCAGUAUCUAGACACUUGUAUCCGCUGUGGGGAACUGACAUGGCAGAAGGGCCUGCUGAAGAAGGGACCUGGAAUUUGCCAUGGAGUGGCUGGUAGUGCCUAUGUGUUCCUACUCCUAUAUAGGCUUACUGGGAACUCUAAAUACAUCUACAGAGCACAAAGGUUUGCAGAGUUCUUAUUUACAGAAGAAUUUAAGGCUGGUUCCCGGGCAUUAGAAAACAUAUAUAGUCUGUAUGAAGGCUUCUCGGGGACUGUGUGUUUCCUGAUUGACUUGCUGCAGCCCAACCAGGCCGAGUUCCCUCUCUUCAGUGUCUUUGUCUAG